AUGAAGCAAAUAUCAGCGUUUCUGCUGAUGGCUGCUGUUGCCUGCGGCAAUAUUAUCACCAGAAUGGAGCCUGGUGAGAUGACAGACUCAUCGGACUUGGCAAACGGCAAGAUCCGCGGCUGCUAUCUCACCAACUGGGCGCAGUAUCGGCCGCAGCCCGGGAAAUGGACCAUGGACAAGUACGAGGCGGGCGUCUGCACCCACAUCUUCUACGCGUUCGCCAAGGCCGACGCGCAAGGAAAUGUGGCCCCCACCGAGCCCAACGACCUGACCACCGGCUACAAGAGUCUGCAGGCGUUGAAGCAGAAGGACCGCGGGCUGAAGACGAUCCUCUCGUUCGGCGGCGCCACUUUCGCCGGCUUCCCCGCGCUCGUCGCCAGCGACGCCAGCCGCAGAGGCUUUGCGAGGAAGCUGGUGGACUUCGCUAAGCAUCACGGCUUCGACGGAGUCGAUAUUGAUUGGGAAUUCCCGAGUGGCGCACAAAAGCACGGGUUCACGGAGCUGAUUAAGGCCGUCAAGGCUGCCGCAGGCCAUGGAUUCUUGGUCACCGCCGCUCUCAGCCCAAAUGCCGAGCAUGCCGAGCAAAUCUACGAGUUCGCGGCGUUGAAGGACGCGCUGGACUUGGUGACUGUUAUGGCCUAUGAUUUCCAUGGAAGUUGGGACAAGGUUACAGGGCAUAACGCUCCGUUGAAGGGAGAGGGGAAAUUCACCGUUGACUACUUGACUCAGUUCUACAAGAAGGUAUGUAUUGUACAUACUAUCGGUCUGUCGGGAAAAUAAUUUCUUUCCUUGGGUUUUGCAGGCUGCUGAUGACAUUUUAUAUGAUACAUAUUUUUUGUUAUCAGUCUGUCGGGAAAAUAAUGAGCACAGUGUCGCUGAUCGUGUCGCUGAAGUGAAAAACGAUUUGAUUUUGCCGCAAGACAUUUCAUGCUCACUAUUUUCCCGACAGACUGAUAAUAACAAAUAUUCAUCGUAUAAAAUGUCAUCGGCAGCCUGCAAAACCCCAAGAAAAGUCAUAAGACGGUCUUAUCGCUCUGUCGGGAAAAUAAUGAGCGUUAUGUCGCUGUCGUGUCGCUGAAGUGAAAAGCUGCAACCGAGUGCUCAUUAUUUUCCCGACAGACUGAUAAAUCAACCAAUCUUUCACAAAAAAGUCAAUAUUUUUCUUCAGCACUUCCCCGCCAACAAGAUUGUCCUCGGCAUCCCCACAUACGGCCGUGGCUGGACUCUGGCCUCAGGCAAUCCGAACCAAGGCCCCGGCUCUCAUGCGCCAUCACCGUCGCCGGCGUUCCCGGCUACGCGGACUGCCGGCAUCGCCGCCUAUUACGAGGUGUGCCAAUUGGCGCGCAAAGGCGGAAAAGUGAGCUUUGACAACAAAGCUGAGGUCCCGUACGUUCAACAAGGAAAUCAUUGGUAUAGUUACGAUGAUGGGAAAUCCGUCGGACUGAAAGCACACUACGCCAGGGAGAAUGGACUGGCUGGAGUGUUCGUCUGGACCUUGGACUUUGACGACUUUGAAAACGUCUGCAACAAGGGCAAAUUUGAGUUGUUGAAGACAAUCAAGAAUGUUUUGGGAUAA